ACCCGGCGGGCUUUAGGACCCGGCGGAGCACGGAGGGCCGCGGGCAGGGUCGGGGGAGGUCGGGAGCGCGUCCGUCAGCCCGGUACUGUGCGGCGUCGGUGGCGGCGGGAGCGAGCGGGCCCCGGCGCUGCGCGGGUGGUGGAGGAGGAGCCCGGGGCUCGAUUCUCUCACCAUGGCACAGGUAGAGAAACGAGGGGGUUUGCUCCGGAAGUCCUCAGCCUCCAAAAAACCCCUCAAGGAGAAAGUAGUGCUGAUGUAUGAUGAGAUCUUUAUGACAGAGGACCCUAGUAAGUACAGUCCUCGAUUUUGGGAAGAGCUCUUCCUCAUGAAGGUGAAUUUAGAAUAUCUAGAAGGCAAGCUGGAAUCUCUUGAUGGGGAGGAGUUAAUGAAGAUCAAGGACAAUAUCAAUUGCUUAUUUCAACACUGCAUACAGGCUCUGGGAGAGGAACAUCCAAUUCGAGUUGUUAAUGCAUUGCAGACCUUGUGUGCUCUCAUUCGAGGAGUCCAUCAGAAAAAUAAGUCUACGUCUGGGUUUGACAUUAUUAACAUGCUCAUGGGUUUUGACAAGGCGGAGCUGUGUAUGAAGAACCUGAUGGAGAGUUUGGAUUCAUUGCUUUGUGCAGAAGGUUCUGAAAGUCUGAAGAGUUUAUGCCUGAAACUUCUCCUUUGCUUAGUGACUGUGACAGAUAACAUCAGCCAGAACACUAUCCUGGAGUAUGUAAUGAUCAACAGUAUAUUUGAAGCAAUUUUACAGAUACUCUCCCACCCCCCAAGUCGUAGGGAGCAUGGGUAUGACGCUGUUGUCCUCCUAGCUUUGCUGGUGAACUAUAGAAAAUAUGAGUCUGUAAAUCCAUAUAUUGUGAAGCUGUCUAUUGUAGAUGAUGAGGCCACCCUUAAUGGAAUGGGACUUGUGAUUGCUCAGGCUUUAUCUGAGUAUAAUAGACAGUAUAAAGACAAAGAAGAAGAACACCAGAGUGGGUUUUUCUCUGCUUUAACAAAUAUGGUCGGCAGUAUGUUCAUAGCAGAUGCCCAUGAGAAAAUCUCAGUACAAACCAAUGAGGCCAUCCUUCUGGCACUUUAUGAAGCUGUUCAUUUAAAUCGUAACUUCAUCACAGUAUUAGCCCAGAGUCAUCCAGAAAUGGGCUUGGUAACAACUCCUGUCAGUCCUGCUCCAACAACCCCAGUCACCCCUCUUGGGACCACACCACCUUCUUCUGAUGUUAUAAGUUCUGUGGAACUCCCACUGGAUGCGGAUGUACAGACCAGUAAUUUGCUGAUAACCUUCUUAAAGUAUAGCUCAAUCGUCAUGCAAGAUACCAAAGAUGAGCACCGGCUUCACAGCGGCAAACUCUGUCUGAUUAUCCUUACUUGUAUUGCAGAGGAUCAAUAUGCCAAUGCGUUUUUACAUGAUGACAACAUGAAUUUUCGAGUAAACUUACAUAGAAUGCCUAUGAGACAUAGGAAGAAGGCAGCAGAUAAGAAUCUUCCCUGCCGUCCUUUAGUCUGUGCAGUGUUGGACUUGAUGGUAGAGUUUAUUGUAACACACAUGAUGAAGGAAUUUCCUAUGGACCUUUAUGUACGCUGCAUUCAGGUCGUACAUAAGCUUCUUUGCUAUCAGAAGAAGUGUAGAAUACGCCUACAUUACACCUGGCGGGAACUCUGGUCAGCCUUGAUAAAUUUGCUGAAGUUCCUUAUGUCAAAUGAGACUGUACUUUUGGCCAAACACAACAUUUUUACGUUAGCCCUUAUGAUUGUGAACCUAUUUAAUAUGUUUAUCACAUAUGGUGAUACAUUCCUGCCCACUCCCAGCAGCUACGAUGAACUCUACUAUGAGAUUAUUCGCAUGCAUCAGAGCUUUGACAACCUCUACUCCAUGGUCCUGAGGCUUUCUACCAAUGCAGGCCAAUGGAAAGAAGCAGCUAGCAAGGUGACCCAUGCGUUGGUUAAUAUCAGAGCCAUCGUUAACCACUUUAACCCCAAAAUUGAAUCCUACGCUGCUGUGAAUCACAUAUCCCAGCUGUCAGAAGAACAGGUGCUGGAGGUGGUGCGAGCCAACUAUGACACGCUCACACUGAAGCUGCAGGACGGCCUGGACCAGUAUGAGCGCUACUCAGAGCAACACAAAGAAGCUGCCUUCUUCAAGGAGCUGGUUCGAUCCAUUAGCACCAAUGUCCGGAGAAACCUGGCCUUCCACACACUCACCCAGGAAGUCCUGCUCAAGGAGUUCUCCACUAUCUCCUGAAGCUACGCUCAUCUGAGCAGCCGCUGACUGCCCUUACCCAUGAGGCUCUGAGCUGAAGGGGGAGUGAGGGGAGAGGGGCUGUCCCCCAGGUUGGAGAAAAGCAGACCCUCUCGGUGACGCCAGCACUUCAGUGGAACCUGGACAGCAGGGGCCAGGAGGGGAAGCCAGGGGUGAUCUUACUUGGGGAGGGGUGGGUGGGCAGAGGGAAAGCCUUCAAGAAUGAGGGAGUCCCAGGGUGGCUUUCCUGGAUACCCUUCACAUUUCCACUUGAGAUUACACAUUGUGCCUCCCAACAGGUUUUUAGGAGCUGUUGGUGUAGGCCUUGGGUGGUGCCAGCACCCUCGGGGGCAUCAGUUUCCUUAGGCUUUUGAAAACAUGAACUCUCAGACGAGUGGAACCACGUUCUGCUUCCUUUGGGCAUGGAACCGAGUAGGCUUGAAAUCUGUGUCCCUUUCCCCCUCUCGCAUUCUGUCCAGUCUUUAGAACUUUAGCUCAGGCUUAGGGUAGGAUAGGAAUGGGGUUACCUGUUUUCUAUUUUCUAAAUCCAGAGCUAACUCCUAGGAGACCAGAAAUUAGAAUCCACCCAAUGCUCCACUGCCCAGCCACCACCACUGCCCAGCCACCACUUUCUGGACUUCACUCCUAGCACAAGGAGUACUGUUAGCUAUCCCCUGCCUUCCAGCCCAUUGUCCAUCCACACUGUAGGUCCACAACCAUAACUUUUUAUUUGCAGCCGGUUAAACUGUCUUUAGAAUGUGUGUGUGAAAUAAACAUUGACAGGUUCUCUGGAGCCCUCAGGUGCCUACUUUGCUGGUUCCCUUCCAGCAGUUCUCUCACCUCCCUAGCUGCCCUCCUCUGGGAGCCUCUCCUGCCUCAGCUGAGCUCCCCUCCGAGUGUUCCACCCCCUCACGGCUGUUGUUUACAUCCAGCCUGCUGGAGAAUUUCCUCUGGGAGGAAUCUGUUCCUGUUGUGGCCUGGUGCCUGGGAGGGCGCCUGCCAUCUGAAAGAGGCCAGGUGAGCGAGAAGGAGAGGAGAGGAGCAGAGGCGUUCUUUCUACCUGCGUGAACAACAAGCAAGUCUCCUGACCUUCAGGAAGUUGGCUGUAGUACCCCCUGUCCACAGCCUGCAUGGGAGACUGUAGACUUUUCCUACCUAGCUGCUGCCUCCCUUUGUAAAGCCCCAGGGGAUGGCAGGGAACAAGCAGCAUCAUCGGAUUGGAAGUAUUUGGGAGUAAGUGCAGGCAUCCAGCAGUGAGAGCGAGUGUGGGACCCACCCAGCUGCAAUUCCACUCAGCCUCAGAUCUCUUUGGGAAGACUUGCUCUUCUUGGGAACCAGGUUCUGGCCCCAGCACUGAGGUUGAUACAUAAGUUCCAGAGCCUCCACCAACAUGCUGCCGUGUAUAGAUGUAGAUAUUUAAGAAAUCAAGGGUUGGGUCACCUCUGAUCACUAGAUGGAGAGCUUAGCCUGGGCAUUUAGUGUUUUUCACAGUGAUAAACCCAGGGGAGCCAGAGCUGGUGGCAAGUUUGAAGUCAUUAAAAAUUUAUUUGUAUGGGGCAGUCUUUUUAGUGUCUUUUUUUCC